UACCCAUCCACCCUCUCGCUUUCUUCCCAACACCCCCCCGCUCUCUCUCUCUAUCUCUCUCUCUCCCUCCCCCCCAGAGUUGCUCCCGCGGCGCCUUGUGGAUGCAGAGACACCAGCGAACCGAGAACCGUUGAGAAGCAUCAUCGUCCUCGCGCACCAGCAACAAACCCAGAUAGAACCCAAACGAUGACAUUGUCAACGAUACAACAGCAACAAACCGUAAUUUGACAACUUCCAAAUUCGCCCGUUAGACGCUCCUAGUUGUGAACGCCCCAGUCCUGUCCUCUAACUGCCCUGAAGCACAACAUGAUGCUCAGCAGUUCUGUCGAGGUUCCCAGUCCGAGCCAUGGAGGCCUGCCCGACGUCUCCGGGAUGACGGCGGCCGCGGCCAGGAACGUCAUCCGGUCCUCCAGCAUCUCGGGAGCCAUGUACAACCUGGAGAAAAGCCCUGGGGCCGCCAGCGGGCCGGGUGAGGCGGGAACCCUGGCCGGGAACAAGAAGAGACGCUCCAGUCUGGGGGCCAAGAUGGUGGCCAUCGUGGGGUUGUCGCAGUGGAGCAAAAGCACCUUGCAGCUCAACCAGCAAGAGGAACGAGCGAAGAAGCUGCGCAGCACAAUCAGACGGAGCACGGAGACGGGCAUUGCGGUGGAAAUGAGAAACCGUGUUACGCGACAGGGCAGCAAGGAGUCCACUGACGGCAGCACCAACUCCAACAGCUCCGAGGGAACUUUUAUCUUUCCUCCUACUCGUAUGGGUCCGGAGAGCCAGUUCAGUGACUUCCUGGAUGGAUUAGGCCCCGCCCAGAUUGUAGGCCGGCAGACGCUGGCCACACCCUCCAUGGGUGAUGUCCACGUGGGCAUGGUAGACAGAGCUGGACACCUAGAGGUGGAGGUGAACCAGGCCAGAGGACUGAUCCCUAAACCAGGGUCAAAGAACAUCCCAGCGACAUACGUGAAGGUGUACCUGUUGGAGAACGGGGCAUGUCUGGCUAAGAAGAAAACCAGAGUGGUGAAGAAGACUCUAGAUCCUACGUACCAACAGCCCCUGCUGUUUGAAGACAGUCCUCAGGGAAAGGUUCUACAGGUGAUUGUUUGGGGCGACUAUGGGCGGUUGGAUCACAAGUGCUUCAUGGGCAUGGCUCAGAUCAUGCUGGAUGACUUGGACCUCGGCGCCACCGUGAGUGGGUGGUACAAACUGUUCCCCACCUCAUCCCUAGCGGACCCCAGCAUUGGACCGCUCACGCGGCGACUUUCCCAGUCCUCAUUGGAUAGUUGUGCCACCAGCCCCUCCUGUACCUAGACAGAUGGAUAACUACACACCCACAUAAACGCAGUCAGUAUGAACACAUACAGGCAAGAGAACACACACGUGCACACCCACACACACACACACACACACACACACCCUGAUCAGCAGAUCUAUGCCCAUGACUAAGUUAGAUAACGUGAUUUCCCAGAACAUGAAGUCCCUGUAGCAUCACUUGCUGUUUCUCCCCGUAUCCCAGUUCAUCUCUUCACACCAGGGGGUUUGCAGAGCGGACUCCACGCUCCACUUCCACCAUCUCGACAGAUCCCAGACUUCACUGAUCCCAGGGCCAUGUCACCCCGAAGCCAGUUUUUAAACUCUCUAUGCCAAACUGAGAAAGUGAAAAAAAACUUUAUUUUUUAAAACCAAAGCAAUUCUUAUUGUUACUAUUAGUAAUGCUAGUUAUACGAUAUUGAAUUAUGGAUAUGUAGCAGAGUCUAUGACUUAGAUGCAAUGCAAAAAAGUAAGAUAUUCUAAACACACACAGACAGGUUGGGGUUGAGGGUCAAAGGGCACGUUAACACUAUAUGUUUACACAAUCACUAUGAAGUGAGGUAGCAGUGCAAAUCUGAUCAUUUUCACAAAGUAGAGUUUAUAAAUAUAUAUAAAUUGAUAUAUAGAUAGGCAGUGUAGAUAUUUUGUGUUUAUGUGUGUAAUGGCUGCAUCCUGCACGUUUGCUUGCAAACCCUUUUAAAACAUUUUAAAGUGCUAUUUUUAGCUUGCCUUUAAGACGCUGACAGGUCUCAUACAGUAGAUGUUUGGCUAUUUCUUUUGCUCUUGAGUCGCCGUCUAGAGAACCUGAAUUACGAUGCACAGCACUGAGUCUAGGAAGAUGGAGGGGCGCCACUAUGGCGACAAGAGCUCAUCAUUUCCUUGGAGAACAAUCUAGUACCAACCAACCAGCAUCCAUUGUGAACAAGCUGCAUUGUGGGACACAGGAGGCCCUAUUAACCAGAACACCAUCAUAGGUGUCCCAGGUCCCGUAAAACAAAGAGUUUUCAACACAAAGGCUUCUUUGAAAUGUAGUUUUGGUUACAGUUGGAGGUCACUGUUGACUCGGUUAGUGAGAACCUCACUGAACUUCAUAUCCCAGAGUUCUACUGUCUGCUUCUGCCCCAAUGUUCCUGUUGUACACUACCAGCAUCUGGUUUGAGCUUUCUGAAUUUCUCUGACCUCCUAUUUAAUGUUUUUGUUUUUACUCUUCACUUCAGGAAGAAGGAAGUAGAUCUUUGUGAUUAAGAUCUUGCGUCUGUGUGAACUUAUCCCUUUAACCUUUUAAGUUAUGUGGUAAAGGUCACUGCUAUCGCUGAGCAACUCCAACAUAGAAGGAUGAAAACGCUGGUUCCUCCAUGAUCUUCAAUGACCAACAGCCUUUGAUUGGUUUCUGUACAAACUAAAAGUCCAAACUAAAUAAUCUUAAUUUGACUGGAUGCCAUUUUCCCAGAUAUUUUGGAGAUUACUCUUGGUCACCAAUACUGCAUCAUCAUAAGAUCUGGGUGUACUUUACAAAACUGCUGGAAUGUUUACAGAGCAGAUGAAUGCCACUGCUGCACUGCAAAGACCAAACCUCCGUAACUGGAAAUAUGUAUAUUCAUGUGUUGAAUACUGUUAGCUUUUCAUGGUAUGUUUGAUUACUGAAUUUCCAUUCAGAGUCAAAUGAUUUCAAAGGAUUUGUCACAUGAUUUCUUGGAGCCAGUGUGUACUCAACAAAUACAGAACAAAUUUGGUUGAACACCAUCAAUUGGUUAAUUUAGGCAGACUCUGUACCUUUUGUAGCUUUGUGGUUAGGAGGAAUUUUAUUGAGCUCCGCUUGUAGCUCCAGAUUUCAGUACUUUUAAGAUGCUGCUUUUCGAUAAAGAUUGUUCAUAUUGUAAAUUAUCUCAAUUAUUUUGGCAUGGACCAGGCAAAGAGGUCAGUGGAACAACAGUGUUGUCAUUGGUGCACAGUCUGAUCUAACAAAGUAGAUAACGUUAAGAGGUUCUCCUUAUUCUUCCUACUUUAGUUAUUUUUUCAACUUUUGAUUAUAUCCAAUUUGGGUUGUAGGUCCUGCCUCAUAGCAGCAGCUCCCAGUGGACCUAGGACAGUUGAUGUUGAGACAUGUCCUACGAAGCACAUCCAAUGCAUUAUGGGUUCGUAUUACAAUGUGUAAUCAGUCAGGAAGUGGCCCACACGCCGUGGCGGAAAUGCAUUAUGCCAUCUCCAACCGUGAGUUGGCCCCCCGAGUGCCCACGCCAACCACAAGGAGGAACCAGGGCAGGAGGCAAGCCAGCCAUAUUCCAACACCAACUCCCCCAAAUCUGCUGGCCAGUUGCGGUGCCCUCCUCCGGACCUCUGGUCUAGUCAGGGAGCCGAAACAUUUUGCAGCAUUUAAAUUGCUUUGAGUUCCAUUUACCUUUUUACUGUAUCUAUGGAAACACACGAGACAUUCCGCCACACUUUACGGUGGGCGCUAGAGUGGGAUCUGGAUUUCUCGUGUGUGUAAUCAAAUCACUUAUCCUUUUUCUGCAGCACUUUUUCCAUAACAUUUUAAUUUUACAUUAACGUUUUUAUUUUUCCAUGAGAAACAAAAACAUUCACUGUUUAUUCAGGUUUUAACACAAUUUGUUGUCUGUUUAUUGAAUGCCAGCAUGAACAUAUAUUCCAUGUUUAGUCACACAAACGGAGAGGACCCUGGAGGAUCAUGUGUUUUAGGCAUGAGUGGAAUCAGUUAAAUAUCAACUUGUACAACUUUUCUUCUCUGAAGCUGAUUGCCAAAACAUACAGGGACCAAUAUGCUUGUCAAGUCUAAUGCCAAACCUUUCACCGACCAAGAUGCUUGCUCACUAAAAUCUAUGGAAACCAGGUUUUCGAAACCUUGAUACUGACAUUUCAACAAAAGCUCCGAUGUUUUAUGUGGGCUGCGGAACAAAGUCUUGCAGUCAAAUCUUUACAGUCUUUCUAAGAGUUUGUCUACUGUAUAUUUCUCUGUACUGUAUGACUACUUACACAAAAUAGAUUUUUAUUUAAAUUAUUAAUGUUUAAAAUAGUUUCAUUAUUUUUCUGAUAAUUGCUGUCAGUGGUAGUGUUGAUGGUGGUGUGUUUCUGACGACGUUUAGACUAGAUUUCUCGCUCCUUAACUCCUGGUGACCUGCAGAAGUUCCAAACAUUCCACUGUUGACACUUUAUAUGGAUGAUUUCCCUAGAUCACAUCGCUGAUGCCGCUUGAACUUUCAAGGUGCACUAAGAUGUCUCAGUCAGACAACUUGUUUGGGACGAUUUACAACUGUGACCCAAAAACUAAGGUGCCCCUCCUAACCCCCUUUGUGUUGACUGUUGUUGGGGGGUAACCUGUGGGUAGAAAGUGGUGGUUUACAGUAUGUUUCUUUAAUGUUUGGAGCCCUUUCUCUCUGAUUUUGUACAGUCAUGUUUAUGAAGUAGUUAUAAAUGUACUUUAUCUAUUUCAGUGGAAAUCUGUAAUGAAGGGUUUUAUUGAAUAGGACGUGUAACUGACUGCUGGAAGAAAAAAGCUGUUGGAAAGAGGAAAGGAAAGGAAAGAAAAACAUAUUUAUUCAAUCAUGAUAAAAAUUCUAUAACUGUAUAAAUAAGAACAAAAACAACCAUAUUCACAGCUAGAUGGUUACUUAUUUAGAACUUUUUACACAUUUUUGUUUUUGUAUUUUGUGAUUUAACUUUUUCGGAAUUUGUAUGAGCUUAUUUGUCUCAUCAUUAUAUAUUGAGUGUACUCAAUGUUUAACAACAGAACUUGAGGAUCUGAUCAUCUGAAUUGAGGAUGAGAAAAUGCCAGAACAAGUAUAGACCUUUUCCAAACAUUCUUAGCUACCAGAAGAGGACAGGGCAAUGGUGAUGUAUUGCCUUUUUAGAAAGUGAAGUAGUGGUGUCAUAUUGUCUUUCAAAUGAUAUGUAUAGUUUAGACAGUGAUGUCUAGUCUAUGAUGUUUAAACUGUAAAGUCAAAGGGCAGAAAGCUUGGUCAAAGGUCAAAUAUCAUAACAUUAGGCCACCUGCACAUUAUAUUUAUAUAUCAUUCAUAAAUGCUAAGUUGCAGACAUGUACUGUUAUGGUUGUGCUUUAGUCACAUAUUUAUUAUAAACAGGACUGUAAAGUAUUCUUAAAUUUACAUUCCAAAACUGUAAAGUAGGACUGUAUUGUCCCUCAACAGGACUGUAAAGUACCUCAGAAGGACUGUAAAGUAACACUGUAGAGUAACCCAAUAGGACUGUGAAGUACUUCAACAGGACUGUAAAGUGAGACUAUAUAGUAACUUAACAUGACUGUAAAGUAACUCUACAGAACUGUGAAGUUAUCUAUACUUGUAGUCCUAAAAGACUAUAAUGUAACUCAACUACUCUGUAAAGUAACUCUACAGGACCCUAAAGUAAUUCCCCAUGACUCUAACUCUAUAGCAGUGUAAAGAUAAGUGUCAUUAUAUGACAUGUUAUUUUAUGAAUCAGGUAGAUAGAUGAGCGGAGUUGGGUGACGUCAUGAUGACAUCAUUAUCAGAAGGAUGACCUUAGCAAAGAAUGAAAUCGGGCUGAAGAAGUCCCUGGACGCUGAUCCUAGAUCAGCUUAGCAUUUACCCCACCCAUGGUUAAGGUGGGGAUCGGUGGAGCGAAACUGAUCUUAGAUCUGUAGAUAGGAGAAACUUCCUCCUGGAGUUGGAUUGAUGGGUGAAGGUGAAGUUGGUGCCUUCAGGCAAGCAAAAAUGUGUUGAUGUAUUGCCAGCGCAGGGUUGGAUGAAAGCGACUUAAUGAGAAGAUGCUGACAGUGUGUGGGGGAGACGCGAAAGAAAGACAAUCAGGAAGUGAGAAAGUGAAUGAAUAUAAAGACAGUUUGCUAAUAUUCUUUUGCAUGACUAGCUUAAAACGGAAUCCUGGGGAACCUGAACAGAGAUCUAGAAUAUGAGCAAUAUGUCUUUGGAUGCUUUGGACAUGUUAAGGAGUCAGGUAUGUUUUCCUUUGUUGAUAUGAACACAGCUUUAAGAUUAUAUAGUUCAGCAGAGUUAAGAAUGUACCCUAAACACAGCCAUUGUCUCCUGUCACCCGCAGUUUGAAUUAGAGAAUUUUUUUAUAGAGAUCAUUUAAUUGUUUUUAUUGUUUUUCUCAGAAUGUAACCUUGCUAACACGUUUGUCCUUCUGAAGAACAAUAGAAAACCUUGUUUUCUCAAUGUUUUGGAAGUUUUUCUUAAUUCAAUUGUUUUAUGUAACCCACAACAAAUGUAUGUUCUUUUGGUAGUUAUACUGAAAUGUUAUUUUAUUUUUGUAACGGGAGGAGAGGAGUCAUUUUAGAGGAGUGAGUUGUGGAGUUACAACUGUGAGGUGAUGAUGGGAAAUCUACCUUUAGAUUCUCGUUAUAAAUGAGGGCUUGUCCAGUUCAAAAUAUGCCUUAUUUUCUUUAGAUGUUGCUCCACUGUUGUAGCACAGGUAUACUGUGGAAAGUUUGAACAAAAAAGGUUUUUAAAAAACAUGUUAAGAAAAAAAGUAUUUUAAAAUAUUGUGCUGAAGUAACUCUAUAUAUGUAUAGUUUUAUGAAUGUAUUUCUUAAUCAUUACACACUAUUCAAGUGUAACCUUUUGUUGUAUGUUUGGUACUGUUUUAUCGCAGUUUUCUCCCCAGGUGGAUGUACCUGUUUUGGUUCAGGUUUGUCUCUGUCUUGCUCCAUGGUAUGUCCUUGCCAUUGGUUAUUUGUUUCAAAGCUUCCAUGGUUAAUUUUAAACUAGGCAUGAGUAAAACACAUAAUGUGUUACAACUGAUUUAUUUCGAUUAUGAGUCAAGAUGUUAAGUGAUCUGAAUUAUCUGAGUUGUUUUGUUUCUAAGGUUUUACAAACUGUUCUUUAAUACACUUUUGUACUGCAGCAUGGAUCCUUGAUUUUCUGUAUUUACUUUUGGUGAUUUGAUGAUGAUGAUGAUGAUGAUUUAAUCAAUUUGCAUAUAUACUAAUGUGUUAUGGGCAAUCUGCGAAUUGCAAGAAAUAUGAAUAUUGCUGUAUUUAGGGAUGGACAGUAAUUUCAACAGUUGUAUCCAGGGAUGGGCAAUAAUAUGGAAAUUACAUCAAUAGCAGUUUUUUUAAACUUGAUAUCAAUAUUAUAUUGUAAUUUUAAAUCUUGUAGCUAUACAAAUACAUAUUUUUUUCUACCUCUUUUUAUUUACUGUGACAUUGUGAUUUCAGUUCCUUUUGAUCCACCGUAAUGGUUCUCAGAUUGCUCAAAAAGAAGCAAACAGAUGCUAGAUAGCUAGCCUGAAACAGAUGCUAGAUCGCUAGCCUGAAACAGGAGAAAAUAACUAGUGGUACCUCUUGUCCUAAUAUGUAGCUACAUUUCUGUGUUAUAACACAGAUGAAACUAGGAGCUGACAGCCCACCCCAUGAAUGAAUGUGAAGCCCCAGGUUGACACUUCAACUGCACAUCACAACCCUGGAAAAUGGGAAUGUAAAAUGUCCUAAAAACGAUUGUUGCAUGUUAUUUAAACCAGACCGUGUUCACAAGAAUGAACUAAGUCUUAUCCACUUAUUGUAAACAAUAUGGGCUGGUUUUGUGGAAACUCAGUCAAGUCAAUAGAAAACUCGAUUGAGCUUGAUUUUUUUUGGUCGUAGACUAGGCUUAAUCUGUGUACAUGAAAUUGGCCCUACAUGUACAGUACAACUAUUUUCUGCUAGUCGCGACACUAGCAAGCUGCUUAGCUGGCUACUGGUUACAGGCUAGCUAACAUCUAGCUAAGUGUGGUCAGGUAAUAGAGCCAAACUAGAGCCAAAAUGUGUUAAAUUAUGUUCAAACCAGACAAA